AUGGCUUAUUUGCAUCAGUUCUUGCUUGCCAAUUGCGGUAACAAUGGCAAAGCCAUACUCAGUCAGCGCUUCAGCCUUAAUUUCAUCACACACCAAAAGAUUGGCAACUCAACACUGCUUGUUCUUACUGCAAGAGAUAUUCAAAUGCAAAACACAGUAACUGCACCAUCAUCAUCAGCAAGAAGAACAAACCAAAAUAUGAUCAAGAGCACCAUUGUUGAAGACUUUCACAAAAACAUUGGUAGUACCAGCAUGAGCGAUGUUGAAAUGGUACAAUGCACAUUAUCAUCACUUGUCAUUGCAAAGAACCCGAGCAGUCCCAAUUUCAACCGGAUAUACUUCACGCACACCAAAAAUCGAUUUCCAAUAACACUUUUUACGUCUAAGCAAAUUUCGAUAUCAAUGUUAAUGUCUGAGCACCGGAAAUACUACCACCGUGUCAAUGUUCAUGAUGCAGGUUUACCCAGUCCCAGGAUACCUCUCAAUGCAAGAUCCACCAAUCCCCUUUGGCUCGAUAUUACCAUGAUGCCCUACAUGGCCAAACCAGAGGAGUUUGUGACUGUGCAUGAGGGCAGUUUAGAGUUAGAGGAGGCUGCAAACACUAUGGCAGACGAGUGCUUUUUAUACUCUUAUCAAGGAAUAUUCUAUAAUAUGCCUUCACGGCAUGAUCUAGAACCCCCUUUUUGUUGCAUUACUCAGGGCCGCUACAUCGGAGUUUUUCCAUCAUACAUCUGGGAUAGCGUGAGAUUUGAACUCUGGACACCAGGCAAUCGUGUUGCUACGUACUUUACCAUUCAGUCACUUGUCCUGGGAGAACAGAAAGUUCAUCGUGCCAUCUGA